AUGAGUCUGAGUAUGAGCUACUGCUGCUGCAGCAGUUAUGGUCUUCCACGGCUUCAAUCUUGCAAAAUCGCUAACUCUAAUCUCCACCCGACUCAUACCCCUCACGACACCAACAAUCUCACAAAACCUAUUCAACAUGAAAAUUGUCUUGCCUCCAAGUCAAAGAUUAAUGGCAAUACUGUUAUCCCAUUCAUUGCUGGAAUUACAGCGCCACAAUUGGUUGCUCCACUCACCGCCAAAGCUGAAAUGGCUGCUUCUGUGUUUUCUCUAGCGGAUGGAACCCUUGGUGACUGGUUUGGAGGCAUUCUAUUUUCAGCAGGACAGCAGGCCAAUGAAGCAGUUUUGGACCAACUAUCCUCCCUAAGUUUCACUAGUUUCGCUGUCAUUUAUGGGGCAGGCCUUCUAACUAGCCUUUCUCCCUGUACACUUAGUGUCUUACCGCUCACUCUCGGUUACAUUGGUGCAUUUGGUUCUGGUAAAAGCAGGGGACAGGCUAUUGGAGAUUCCAUUGCAUUUUCUUUGGGUCUUGCAACCACAUUAGCGCUACUGGGUGUAGGAGCAUCAUUUGCAGGAAAGGCUUAUGGACAGAUUGGCCAAGGAUUACCUUUGGGUGCUUCUGGUUUGGCUGUAAUUAUGGGUCUGAACCUUCUUGAGAUCAUUGAAUUACAGCUCCCCUCAUUCUUCGACAGCUUUGAUCCACGUUCAGUGGCUGCCAAUUUUCCAUCAAGUGUGCAAGCAUAUUUGGCUGGGCUUACAUUUGCAUUAGCUGCCUCACCCUGCAGUACACCUGUUCUGGCUACCCUUCUGGGAUAUGUCGCUGCAUCCAAGAAUCCAGUGAUUGGAGGCAGCUUGCUUUUGACAUACACAACAGGAUACAUUUCUCCCUUACUUUUGGCUGCUUCUUUUGCUGGCGCCUUACAGAGUUUACUAUCAUUUCGCAAGUACUCAGCAUGGAUCAAUCCUGUAAGCGGAGCAAUGCUGUUAGGAGGUGGUGUAUAUACCUUCUUGGAUAGGCUCUUCCCAGCCACAAUGGCAAUGUAG